CACCGCAUAAGCAUAAUGGGGACACGCUCUCUGACCCGCUUUCCCGGAGGCGCUUUUUUGGUCCUUCUGUUUGGACAGGGGCGGCGACCCGGGGGCGGAGGGGAGUGGCCGCCGCGGCCUAUUUCCGCGAGCACUGCGAACUCCACUCGGGGAGCCCCACGCCAGCUUCCCGCAUCCACGCAGUCCCGUUGGCCCACGCCGUCCGCGUCCAUGCAGCCUCGUCGAGCCCUGCCGCCUGCGCUGUUGCUGAGCCUCUGGCUGCUGCUGAGCCUCGCACUGCCGGCGGCUGCCGUGGCGCCCUGGGACUGGGAGCACACCGAAGUCCCCGCGCGUCCCCAGGCGGCGGGGCUGCCACGCGGGAUCCUGCAGCUGGCGGCGCGCGCUGCGCUGCACUUCUACAACUUCCGCGCCGGCUCGCCCAGCGCGCUGCGGGUGCUGGCCGCCGUGCAGGAGGGCCGCGCGUGGGUCAACUCUCAAGAGGAAUGUGAAGUGAACUUGGUGUUUAGCACAGAGCGCUACAACCCAGAGGAGGAAGGUGAGGAACAACUGGGAAAGUGUUCUGCAAGGGUGUUUUUCAAGAAUCAAAAACCCAGACCAGCCAUUAAUGUCACCUGCAUGGGGCUCACUGAGAAAAUGAAGAGACAAGAAAAAGAUUAUCUGCUUUACAAACAAGUGAAGCAAUUGAAGAAUCCUCUGGACAUCAUCCGUAUACCUGAUAGUCAUGGACAUAUCGAUCCCUCACUGAGACCCCUGUGGGACCUGGCUUUACUCGGCAGCUCUUAUGUGAUGUGGGAGAAGACAACACAGCUUCUGAACUACUACUUGAUCCAGAUCAGUAGUGUGAAGCAGUUGAAAACUAAUGAUGAUGGCAUUGACUUUGAUUUCACCGCUCUACUUCAUGAAUUUUCAACACAGGAAAUCAUUCCCUGUCGGAUUCACUUGUUCUGGUACCCUGGCAAACCACUGAAAGUACAGUACUACUGUCAAGAGCUGCAGAACCCUGAAGAAGCCUCUGGAACUGAUGAAGCAUCAGCCAUGGCACCAACAGAGCUCAGUAAUUUCUAAAGAGAAAAAGAUCUGCUCCUAUCACAUUCCCAACAAGACGACUCCACUGGCCUUCUUCAUCACUGCUGUAUAUAAGCAAAGGUCCAGGCAUCCUAGCACCGAGGCACACCUGUGGAUACAGGCAAAUGUGUCCUACCUGAUCAGCCUUGGUGUUUAACUCUGAGAGUGGAUGCGUACCUAUAUCUACUCAGAGCUUAGUAGUCAGAGCGCAUUGCUGAGGCUUGGGGCAGGUGGGUGAACAAUUGCUUUGGGGGAAAGGUUUCAUCUCUGAAUUUGUGUUUUUCAUCAUUUUAGACAUAUUAUAGCUAUUUUAUGUUGCUAAAUCAUUCCUACUUAUGUCAACAACAAGCAUUUUUUUUUCAAUGAAAGUAAAUUGCAGGGGAAUAUUAACUGCUAAUUUCAGGCAAGUAUUCCAUUUUAACUUUCAAAUAAAUGUUCGUAUUUCUAAAUAAUGAAGUGUGUUUGCAAGCUUCUGUAUGCACUGAAAAAUUUAGACUAACCUAGAACUACAUCACUUCCCAAUAUUGCCUGAUUGGAAUCUCACAAACAGCACACAGGGUCUCACAUCAUAAAGCUGCAAACAAAGUUAACCAAACACUGAUCUAGCUCAGAGUACAUUAGAUACGUAUUUUUUAUGUAUCAGUGUUGGUGUAAGUAAUCUAUAAUGGCAAACAUAAUAUGUAAUAAUCAAAUUCAGUGAAGUACCUCCUCAAGACAGGAAGAACUGAUCCAGGAAAUGUUGCCAUCAGCUGCCUCUCACAAUUAUUAAAACUUAAUGGAACCCUUA